AUGUGUCCCUCCAUAGCUGGUUACCCUGAUUUUUAUACUGAGCAAGCAAAUGCACUAAAUAAUUAUGGAAAACCACUUGCUAGUCCAUUUUCGGAGACAUACAAUCCAAAUUGGCAAAAUCAUCCUAAUCUCUCUUGGAGGCAGAACCAUUCCCCCAUAAAUAUAGGUGGACAACAAGUGCAUCAACAAAGUCAAUUUUGUCCACCUACUCAAGCAUUUCCUCCCAUUCCUCAAUCAACUCCUCAGUUUAUGGCACCACCAAGACCACAAUCAUCUUUGGAGGAGUCUCUCAAAACUUUCAUGCAAUCAACUAGCCAAGCUAUUCAAGAGACAAAAAGUUCCACCCAUUUGAAUACUCAAGCUAUUUCGAAGUUGGAAAAUCAAGUUGGCCAGUCUGGUAAGCAAGUUGAUAAUCAAGUGAAAAUGCCAGAAGUGGAGGAUGAUGAAAAUAUUGUAUUAAAGGAAAAAGGAACUCAUAGUUCACAGGAUGAUCAUAGAGAAAAGAAGGGCAACUCAACCUCAAUUCUAAUUCAGGAUCUUAGUUCUCCCCUUGAUAGGAGGUUUGUUCCUAAAGCUCCAUUCCCUCAAAGUUUAAUCAGUCCUCAGAAAAGUGCACAAUUUGGAGAUAUUUUAGAGGUUUUUAAGCAAGUGCAAAUUAAUAUUCCAUUUCUUGAUGCAAUUCAGCAAGUUCCUGCUUAUGCUAAGUUUCUAAAAGAUCUUGUGACAAUGAAGAGAAAGACAAAUGUCCCUAAAAAGGCAUUUUUGACAGAGCAAGUUAGUUCAAUCAUUCAGAAUAAAUAUCUAGUGAAAUGUAAAGACCCUGGAUCUCCUACAAUUUCAUGCAGGAUUGGGGAUCAUCUCAUUGAGCGAGCUUUGCUAGAUUUGGGGGCAAGUGUGAACCUAAUGCCAUAUUCAGUAUACUUACAGUUAGGUUUGGGGGAGUUGAAACCCACAACCAUGACACUUCAAUUAGCUGAUAGGUCUGUGAAAAUCCCUAGAGGUAUUGUUGAGGAUGUGCUAAUUAAGGUGGAUGCGUUCCAUUUUCCUGUUGAUUUUGUUGUGUUAGACAUUGAGCCUGCUCUAAAUGCCAGUACACAAAUCCAUGUCAUUUUGGGUUGCCCUUUCUUAGCCAUAUCCAAUGCUUUGAUCAAUUGUCAGAGUGGUGUGAUGAAGAUUUCUUUUAGGAAUAUGACUGUUGAGCUUAAUAUUUUUGACAUAAGUAAGCAAGUACUAGACAAUGAGGAUAUAUGUGAGGUUAACAUGAUUGGGAGCCUAGUCCAUGAUACUUUCCUACAAUCAAGUUGUGAGGAUCCCCCAAACGCUUGCUUAACCUGUUUUGAUUGCAAUUUGGAUACUGAAAAAUCAAUUGAGGAGGUCAAUGCAUUGUUGGAUUCUGUUCCUCUCUUAAGUAUUGAUAGUUGGCAGCCAAAAGUGGUCUGUUUCCCACUUUCUUUAUCCCCAUUCCCAUCUAUUGUAGAACCACUAAAGUUGGAUGACUUUUGGGAACACCAAUUGAUAAGUAUACUUCAAGAGCAUAAGGAAGCUAUAGGUUGGAGAAUUGCUGAUAUUAAGGGUAUUAGUGCUUCUGUGGUUAUGCAAAGAAUUCACUUGGAAGACACUACAAAAACUUCUCAACAUGUUUUUGACCCAGCUGAUAUUUGA